GUUACGGCUUAGCCCAGCUCAAUUGAGGCUAGAACAGGAACCACUUGCGAGCAGCUUUCACAGCAUCCUUCAGUCUGAACCAUGAGCAAGUUAGUGUCGAUAUCCGUGAUCCUGGUGCUGCUGGCUGUGACUCUCUCCCCUGUCGUGGCGGACAAUGGCAUGUACAUGCGGGACCAGAGCAACCAUGUCCUGUGCAGCUACAAGCUGAACGAGAUGCUGUCCAUGGUGUGCAAGGAGUUCAACAGUGUCCUGCCCCACAAGCGAGGCGGUGGCAUGUCUGCUGCCACCGAACUGGAUCCCCUCGAUCCCAUACAGUAUGUGGAGGAGAAAGAGGGCUCCUCCGCGGAUGUGGCGCCCUAUCCGCUCUUUGGCGGCCGCUUCUAUGGCAGCGAGACGGCCUUCAGCUCCCUGGCCGCCCAGAGUCGCCGCGCCCGCGCACGCGAAGGCAUCGCCGACAGAUGCUGCCGCAAGGCUUGCGACGUCACCGUGCUCGCUGAGUACUGCUCCAUUCCCAACUUCUAGAGACUUCGCCACACACAGCAGCAGAACCAAACCCAAUCUGGCCCCUGUUUCUACCCACGGAUAGCACGAGUAUUACGGCACGAUGUUUCCCCUUGAUGGCUUGUUGCAUGUUAACUACAUAUUAUAAACGAUCGAAAAUAUAGCUAGAAUAUACUUAUACAAACAGCUGCA